CGUCACGUGAUCUCUCCCCCCCCGCGCAGGAAACGACUCGGAGCACCGAGGAAUGAGGAGCUGUCAGGAAGGAGAGCAGCAGGAACUGCGCGGCUCGUCCCCGGUCCCCCUACUCGCUCCGGGCUCCGCCGGCGUCGGCCUGUCAGCGGCAAACACAACAAAAGCACGCCGUUAAAGUACUCAAAGCGCCGGGGAGCAUGGAGGACUGAGUCGAGCGUCUUCUGGUCCGGCUGGUUUUUCCCACAUGCUGUAAUCGUUUACGGUGGUAAUGGAGCUGUUUCAAGCCAAAGAUCACUAUAUCCUACAAAAGGGAGACACGGCUCUGUGGUGCAGCAGGAAGGAUGGAAAGAUGGAGGUCAGACCCGCCACCGACCUGCUGCUGGCAUGGAACCCGGUCUGCCUGGGUCUGGCGGAAGGUAUCAUCGGCAAGAUCCAGCUGCACGCGGAUCUCCCGCUGGGCCUGGUGCUCAUCCGGCAAAAGGCGCUGGUCGGGAAGCUCCCUGGAAACCAUGAAGUCUACAAGAUCACCAAGAUCGCUGUCGUGCCGCUCUCGGAGGAUGAGCCGCAGGACCUGGAGCUGGAGUUGUGCAAGAAGCAUCACUUCGGCAUCAACAAGCCAGAGAAAAUAGCGCAGUCCCCGGACGAGCCCAAGUUCCUGAUGAAGACUCUGAACCAAAUUAAGUCCAACGUCGCCGUGCCCAUGAAGAAGAAGGUCAAGGAGAACAAGGAGAAGGAGCGUCUGGAGAAACGUCUGCUGGACGAGUUCUUCAAGAUAUUCAUGGACUCCGACUCCUUCUUCUACAGCAUGACGUAUGAUCUCACAAACGCGGUCCAGAGGCAGGGAGAUGCCGGGAAGCUGGAGGUGCCGCCGCCGCUGUGGCAGCGGGUGGACGAUCGUUUUUUCUGGAACAAACACAUGAUUCAGGAAGUCAUUGAUCUCCAGGUGCCACAUGCGGACUUCUGGGUGACUCCCAUCAUCCAGGGCUUUGUGCAGAUAGAGGAGCUGGUGGUGAAUUAUAACGAGACGGUGGAGGAGGACAGGAGCAGUCCUGACUCCCCCCAGCAGGAGGCGACGUGCGUGGAUGAUAUCUACCCCCGUUUCACCGUAGCUAUCAUUUCCCGGCGCAGUCGGCAUCGUGCAGGCAUGCGUUAUAAGCGACGCGGCGUGGAUGAUGGUGGCAACGUGGCCAACUACGUGGAGACAGAGCAGCUGAUCCACGUCCAUAACCACACCCUGUCCUUUGUUCAGACCCGUGGCUCUGUGCCCGUUUUCUGGAGCCAGGUCGGCUACCGCUACAACCCCCGACCACGUCUGGACAAAGGUGAGAAAGAAACUGCUGCCUACUUUGCAGCUCACUUUGAAGAGCAAUUAAAGAUCUACAAGAAGCAGGUGAUCAUUAAUUUGGUGGACCAAACCGGGAGGGAGAAGCUGAUUGGAGAUGCUUAUCUGAAGCAGGUUCUGCUCUACAACAAUCCAAGCCUCACUUACGUUUCAUUUGACUUCCAUGAACACUGCCGAGGAAUGAAGUUCGAGAACGUUCAGACCCUCACCGAUGCCAUCAGUGACAUCAUCACCGACAUGAAGUGGUGCUGGGUGGACCAGGCUGGGGUCAUCUGUCACCAGCAGGGCAUCUUCAGGGUCAACUGCAUGGACUGUCUGGACAGGACCAACGUGGUCCAGGCUGCCAUCGCGCGGGUCAUUAUGGAGCAGCAGCUGAAGAAGCUGGGCGUGAUGCCGCCAGAACAGCCGCUGCCGCUCCGGUGUUACCGCAUCUACCAGGUGAUGUGGGCCAACAACGGAGACACCAUCAGCCGGCAGUACGCCGGCACCGCGGCCCUCAAGGGGGAUUUCACCCGAACAGGAGAGCGAAAGCUCGCUGGAGUGAUGAAGGAUGGCGUGAAUUCAGCCAACCGGUACUACCUGAACCGCUUCCGGGACGCCUACAGACAGGCCGUUAUUGACCUGAUGAUGGGAACACCGGUGACAGAAGACCUGUACUCCAUCUUCAGCAAAGAGAAGGAGCACGAGGAGAAGGAGAAGGCGCGCCAGAGGGUCCAGCAGGAGCAGGUCAGCCUGCUGCUGCAGACCUACAUGCAGCUGCUUCUGCCCGACGACGAGAAGUUCCACGGGGGCUGGGCCCUUAUCGACUGCGACCCCAGCCUAAUCGACGCGACUCACAAAGACGUGGACGUUCUCCUCCUGCUGUCCAAUUCAGCGUACUACGUGGCCUACUACGACGACGAGGCUGAUAAAGUGAACCAGUAUCAGCGUCUCAGUCUGCAAGGGUUAGAGAGGAUCGAAAUUGGUCCUGAGCCCACUCUCUUUGGGAAGCCCAAGUUCUGCUGCAUGAGGCUUCAUUACAGGAAUGGAGACACAUCGGGCUAUUUCCACACCCUGAGAGCAGUCACACGCAGCCCAGAGGACGAUGGAAAAGAUACCUUGCAGUGUAUAGCUGAGAUGCUCCGCCUCACCAAGCAGGCCCUGGGCCUUGACGUCCAGGUCGUGGAGAAAAAGCUGGAGAGGAGGCACAGUAAACCUCACGAAGGUAUCGUCGGCAUCGGAUCCCGGAACCCGGACCAGGUCUUCGGCAGUUCCGGUCUUGCCCAGGGGAAGAACUUCCUCAUGAACAAGUUCUCCUCGCUGAACCAGAAGGUGAAACAGACGAAGUCUACCGUCAACAUCGGAAACUUCAAGCCACUGGGGAAGCUGGGAAACUUCCCCAAGCCGGACGUGAAGGUCAACUUCCUGAAGCCCAACAUGAAGGUCAACUUGUGGAAGUCCGACAGCAGCCUGGAGACGACAGACAGCAACCCAGGGGCAGCGAAUCUCAAAGACCAUUCUGAUACGUCCGAUCUGGAACUCUCUGACUCUGACUCCUGCCACUCUGAUGAGCAGCCGCACUCCGGUUCCCGGGAGAACGUGGACUAUGUUCUUCCCAGCUGUGGUAUAGUGGCCUCCAGACCACGCCUGUCCAGUCGCUCCCAGUCAAUCAGCAGCGUGGAACUGACCAUCCCUUCUGCUAUCCGAAUCACCACCUGCGAUGGUCAGAUGGUAGAACAGGGCGUGGCUGCUGAAGAUGAACAAUCUCCGGAACUGGCGCUGGAAGCCGAGGAGGACAUCCUGAUUGACUUUGGGAGUUCCAUGGAUGCCUACUGCCACCAGUUUGUCCAUGAUGCACAGAGUAAAGUCACUAAAGCACAGGUGGAAGUGACAGGGGUUCCUCAGCAGGUCCCACAGGAACCUUUCAGCAGUAAAGUUCAAGAAGAAGCAGGAGGUCAACCCAGCACGACCCAGAUUUCCAGACCAUCUCAGCUGGACGUCCAGUCUUCUACAUCCAACACGAACCUGCUGACCAUCCAAGCUCCAUCCUCCACUGCCUCUUGUUCCUCCCAGAAGAGCCUGGGCUCACACGCUGAGGGCAGCACGGGGCCUUCCCCCGCCGAUGGUGGAGGCAGCCGCGUGGCAUCUCCUUUCGCCAAGAUCAAGAGCUCGAUGGCCCAGGUGGCCAACUUGACGCAGGCCGGACUGACUCAAGGGAUCAACUUUGCGGUGGCGAAAGUCCAGAAGAGCCCGGAGCCAGACAGCGUUGAAGAAACUCAGCAGAACGAGCUUAAAGCGAUGUUUACACAGUGCCAGACCAGGAUCAUCCAGAUCUAGUGGUCUCUCUCGGUCUCCUUUAGACUCCCAGUCGGGUGCGACUUAAACCCUAGUUACGUAGCAGUAGAAAUAAGCUUGCACCAGUCGCACCAACGGAGCCGGUAGCUAAUGACUCAGUUCUAAGAUUUUGUCGGUUACCUGAUGUUUACAGCCAGUGUGUGCAGCAUAUACUCUAACUAGGUGUAACGGUGUCCUCAGGCCAGCGAUACCUCGUCUCUUGACUGUUGUGAAUUGCUCCAUUUGUGUCGCAUGCCAUGUUUGUAGCAGCGUAGGCAGAUCAGAGCAGGUAAGUCCAAUUGCAUGUCAGUAGCGUUGAUGUAAGAAAGCAUCGAGAUCCUAAAUGUACAUUCAUACCUACUGAGCUCCACUGGUUCACUUCUAGCACUGUUUACAACACUGUAGAUGUUUUGAGAAACCCAGAGAAACACCUUCCGUGGCCGGCACCGGGCAGAGCAGCAAGACGUGCGAGGCAACGUUAAACUCUUUGAAGUACUAUUGUGGUAAUCCUUAAAAAUCCAAGCAGGUCACCUCCCCCCUUUCCGAUCUUGGCAAAUGUUUGCCCUCAGAUGAAAGGCUGAGACUGCAAGCUGUUCAGAGCGCCGUCAUACCCGGAAUCCAUUGGCCGUAGUUACCAACAGAGCCAUUAAAAUCAGCAUUGACUGUACUUACUGAGAAAGCCAUCAUAUCGGCUCCUAUUGGCUAUAAUUUCUGAGAAAGCCAUCAUACCUGGCUCCUAUUGGCCAUAUAUUUAAAGCCAUCAAAUCUGGCUCGCAUUGGCUGAUCUACCGAGAAACCGUCACGCCCGGCUCCCAAUGGCCGUAGGUACAGAGAAAACUGUCAAGUGCGAAACGUUCACCCGAAUAACUCCUUCAGUCAGUUCUGCUUUGUGUAGAUAACAGCAGAUGGGCUUCGGUUCGGUUCCGGAGCCACUGCUUUACGCUUCAGAAAUGGUACUUAUGGUGAAUCACUUCUGCAAUGUGUACACGUUAAGUCAGAAAUCUCCACUGAGUAAAUGGCGUCGGUAAAUCUGGAGUUUAACACCGACAAAGACAUAAUGCCAGGUACGUUCUCGUCCGUGUGCUGUGAUUGGGGGUAUUAGUGUAGUCGGACAUUCAGACACCAAAACCCGACAUUUUAAAUACCUUUUUCUGUAUCGUGAGCAAGUAGGAAAAGUUACACAAGUAGCGAUUGUUAGCAUUGACCUGAUGCCCCCCCACCUGUUUUGUGCUUUGCGUCAUUUUGAAGGGUCUUCGAAGACUGCGCAAGUUCACAUCAAGGGUCAUAAUUGUUGUAAUAAUAUAGCACAAGCUACAACAUCAUUUUGUGUUCCAGAAUCUUAAACAUAAGCCUUAACAUAAAUAAUAUGCUAUGCGAUUGUAGAGAUACUUGCUAAAAUCCAGCCGUAGAAGUGGACGUUUCUCUUCAUUAGUUAUAUGUAUAUGGAAUUAGGGUCGUCCAGGUGAACUGAGAGUUACCUCCUGUUCCAUGGCAUCGCAAGAAGGUCCGAGUAGAGGGCCUCUUGGCGACACAGUAGCAUCGCAGUGGCCUUGUCAACUGUCAAGUGCUAAAACACCGCAUCACGGCAGCAUCACCAAGGACGGCUGGCUUUCAGUUGUGGUUCCACUGCAUUUAGCCGCACUCUGGGUUAUGCUCGGGGGGGGGGGGGGGGUUGUCGGCUGGAGCCUCACAUGUCUGGCUGCCACGCCGUUCAACCUCUGAAGCCAGUUAGCGCAGGUACAUACCGAGACUGAAUGAUACGCGUGUCCCUGUUGGAUGGGGUUUUAAUGUAAAGAGAUUCUUCUGUUUCUCAUUGUUUGUUUGCUUUGUUAAAUUGCACAUUUGCCCUUUUUUUUUACUGAAUUUUGUGGGGCAGUUAUUUUGUUUUUGCUGUAAGAUUCCAAGCCCCCUCCGCUGAAUACGACGUUUGGCCUGUUGUGCUGAUUCGGCACACAGCCACACCACACACACAGCUGACGUUUCUUAACACUGUUGUGGUUUGAUUUAUGCGGCAUAUUCUCAGUCGGCGUGACUUAUUUUUUUUAUCACUCUUCCCUCCAUGAUGCUCAUUUUGUUGGAUUUUUGUUUAUUGCAUAUAAGGGUUAUUUAUUCUUUUAAUCACUCUACUGUGUUUUCUCUUAGACUCCAAUGUUAAAGGCAACUACAAACUGGCGACAACAGUGCAAGCCUCUGUAUUUUAAAAUGUGAGGAAUGUAUAUGGGGUAUUUUAUUAGUAAAACCAAUCCUAAUA